GCGUGCACCGGCCCCGCUUCAUCGGCUGCGGUGCCAUCCUGGUUUCCUUGGCUGGGUUCCUCAUGUCCCUCCCUCACUUCAUCACAGGACCCUAUGAGUACGACCAGUCCGUUGCCAGUAGGUGUGUUCAGCAACACCACCGACCUGUGCCAACCCGAAGGCAUGGGCUCCUCAGGGAACCUCAGUGACUCCAUCUGUGCCCCCCACACCGCCAGGGAGAACCACGAGGUUCUCCUCGUCAUGUUCAUCGCCCAGGUGCUGCUGGGCAUCGGCGGUGUCCCCAUCCAACCCUUCGGGAUCUCCUACAUCGACGACUUUGCCAGCGAGAGGAACUCCCCCCUCUACUUGGGCAUCCUGUUCUCCUUGACCGUGGUUGGGCCUGGGGUGGGCUUCAUGCUGGGCUCUGGCAUGCUGCGUUUCUACGUCGACAUCGACAAAGUGGCUGGAGAUGAGGUCCUGCUGACCAACAAAGACCCACGGUGGGUUGGUGCUUGGUGGCUCGGCUUCCUGGUGGCAGCCAGCCUUGUGGCCGUGUCCGCAGUGCCUUAUUUCUUCUUCCCACGGGAAAUGCCAAAAGAGGUGACAAGUGGGAAGGAGAUCAGCAGCAAGAAGAGCAAGGAUGUGCUCUGCCAGCUCAGGUCGAGGUCCGAGCACGUGCAAAACCUCUCCCUGCUCCAGUUCAUCAAAUAUUUUCCUGUGGUCCUGCUGAGGAACCUUCGCCACCCCGUCUACCUGCUGGUGGUGUUGGCUCAGGUCAACCUCUCGGCCAUGGUUGCUGGCUUAGCCACCUUCAUGGGGAAGUUUCUGGAGAGACAGUUCUCCCUCACAGCCUCCUUUGCCAACAUGAUCAUUGGUAAGUGUUGCUGUCGUGCGUGGGGACUUGCCAGGUUCUGAGCUCCUUCUUGAAAACCAAGGAGAGGAGAACAACUCAUGGCAAGAACAGAGCAAGGAACCAUCUGGGUUGAUUUGUGCCCGUUUCUCUGGUAGGGAUUGCUUUACACAGACCAUUAGUGAAAGCUCUCUCAACAAGCAUGCAUGAAAUAAAAUGAAAAAUGGCAAAAAUACUCAUGUGCAUUGUAAAGACACUUUGCAGCAAGAGAGCAGCCCAGCUGGAGUCUUCAUCUUCUCUUAAUCUUCAAAAUGCUUACUGUAGUUAGACUAAUUGCUCAUAAAAAUUGGGCUAAUUUCUUGCUGUUGGUAUUGUUAUGAAGGAAACAAAGAUAUUACAAGCAGGAUAUGUUCUCACGAGACAAAACUGCUUUUACUUUUAAUACCCAGAACAUCCGGUGUCAAGCUGGGACCUGUGUCAUGUUAACCAAGAUAUGAGGAAUAAGGCUUGAAAUCAGCCAGAGCACCCAGGGAUCUAGAUAACAGACAGGGGGAUCUUUUGAAAUGUAAUUCUAAGCAGCAUCCUCAGAGUAAGGAUCUUUGAAAAGUAAAUCGGAAGAAAAUAAGCAGAAAAGAGGAAGGUUAAGUGCUGAAAUGAUGGUGUUCUCCACUGAUGUGCCCUACUGGGUCGUGCCCAGCCUUGAUUUACUCUUGGCAUUAAAGAUGUGUGGUGUAUUUCUCAUAUGGAUUUAUCCACCUUUCACUCCUGGCUGCUAAAUCUUGCUUCUCCUUUUUCUGUUAGAACUGAAAGCUCUCAUGUAGCCGGAAAUCCUUUCCUUCCUUGGGUAUUUAUAGGGUAUUUAUGGGCUGAAGGCAACUUCCUUGUUGAUCCUUUGAUGAAUUAAACACACUGCACUUCUUCAGUGUCCCUUUAUAAGCUGGGAUUUUCAAAACCCCAAGUCUGUCUUGGAAACCUUUACAGUUUUGUAAUGAUGAGAGAAGAAAACGGACACACUGUUACAUCAGUGGUUCAUUGUGCAGAAAAUAGCUAUCCUGGAAUCCUGGAAUGACAGAAUUGUAAAGGUUGGAAAAGACCUCCAAGGUCUCCAAGUCCAACCCCAGCCCAUCCCAACCACAACCACUUAUAGAAUCAU